AUGCAUUUUGAGAAGCCGCUGCUCCUCAAGGAGCUCACGCCCAGGUUGGUGCAAGUGUACUUGCUUGUAUCGCUGGGCGCUAUGAAUUUUGGCGUGGAUAACAAUUACUGGUCGGCUGUCGUCUCCAUGGACAAAUUUGCCGCAGACCUCGGGACUCGUGUCGGCGGCAGCACAGUUAAUUCCAUACCCUCGUCAUGGCUCUCCAUCGCCAGCGGCACUCCAAUUGCCGGUUGGGUUAUUGGCUGCGUAGUUGCAUCAGAGAUUACGCGGCGCCUCGGCCGUCGACUGACGGUUGUCAUCAUCUGCAUCAUUGCCAUUGUGGGUAUCAUCAUCCAGUCUGCCGUAAGCAACUACUGGGCAAUCAUGGCCGGUCGUCUUGUGAACUCGGUAUCGAUGGGAAUCGAGGCCAACUGCAUUCCCAUGUACAUGUCGGAGCUUUCGCCGCCCGCUAUCCGCGGAGCCAUGGUCAACUUCUACCAGUGGUGGCUCAUGGUCGGCGGCCUCAUCGCCGCCAGCACAGUCUACGCCACCUCGACAUGGACCAGCGAAUGGGCCUGGAAGACGGUCAUCGUCGUCCAAAUCAUCAUCCCCGUCCUCCUCCUCACCGGCAUCUGGUUCGUCCCCGAAUCCCCCCGCUGGCUCCUCUCCCAACACCGCCGCGCCGACGCCCUCGCCGCCCUCGCCCACAUCCGCCACGGCAGCGGCGCCACGCGGUCCGACGUGGAGACGGAGCUGGCCCUGCUCGAAGCGGCGCUGGCCGAGCAGGUGGCGGCGCACCGCGCGACGUCGUGGCUCGACUGCGUGCGCAGAAACAGCAACGGGCGCCGCACCUUCAUUGCUGUCGGCGUGCAGUGCCUGCAGCAGAGCCAGGGCGCGGCCUUCCUCAACACGUACCUCGUCGUCUUCCUCAAGCAGAUCGGCCUGCCCGACGUGCUCAAGAUCAACGUCGCGUACAUGGCGGCGAACCUCGCCGGCGCGACGCUGGCCUUUUACCUGACGGACAAGAUCGGCCGGCGGUACAUGCUGAUGGGCGCGAGCGCGUGCAUGUGCGUCUUGCUGUGGGUCGUGUCGGGGCUGGCGGCGUGGUAUCCGAGCGGUGUGUCCGGGGGCGCGGUGGCGCAGGGGUGCAUCGCGGCGAUUAUGUUGCAUUCCAUCUUCUCCACCGGCGCCUGGGGCUCCGUCACCUGGACCGUCACCGCCGAAGUCGCCACCGCCCAGCUGCGCGAGCGCACCGUCGCCCUCGCCACCGCCUCGUCCUUUUGCUGCAACCUGCUCAUCACCUACGUCAACCCCUUCCUCCAGCUAGGAAAUAGUUCUACUUCCGGCCUCGGCCCCCGCGUCGGCAUCGUCUACGCCAGCGUCUCCGCCGCCGCCGUCGUCUUCGUCUACCUCGCCGUGCCCGAGAUGCGCGGCCGGUCGCUCGAGGAGCUGGACGAGCUGUUCCAGGCGCGCGGCGGCCGUGGCGUGCCGGCGUGGCGGAGCGCGGCGUUUGUGGGGAAGGGGGUGGGGAGGAGGGUGACGGAGGUGCAGAACAACAGGAGGAGGAGGACCACCACCGCCUACUCGGAAGGGGUUGGGAGGGUCGGGAGGGUCGUUGUGGUUGAUGAUUCGGAUGUCGAGGGGGGUGGUGGUGGGAGGGAGAGUGCGAAGGAGGAGGAAGUGGUGGCGGUGGAAGAGAGUCCCAAAGGGGAGAAGGAGGAGCAGGUCUAG